GAACGGGCUUUCGGACAAGCUUUAGACGCCGUACAGCUUCCAGAAGCUCCAGCUUUCGCCAUGGCCAACACUUCAAACUACAAACUCAGUGCUGCUGUUGGACCACUGAAGUACAAUGACAUUCUCCCAUAUAAAACUCAGAGUGUUUCGACAACCAACGACUUCCUGCAGAAACUCAUCGAAAUCCUUCUGGAUUUUGUACGAGCGACCAACGACCGCAAUGAAAAAAUCUUGGAUUUCCACCAUCCUGAGGAAAUGCAGAAGCUGCUUGACCUCAAGAUUCCUGAUAAGGGGGUAUCAUUACAGCAGCUCAUCCACGAUUGCGCCACUACUCUCAAGUAUCAGGUCAAAACAGGACAUGCAAGAUUUUUCAACCAACUUUCUUGUGGACUGGACAUAAUCUCGAUGGCUGGAGAGUGGUUGACAGCCACAGCAAACACUAACAUGUUCACAUACGAAAUUGCACCUGUUUUCAUCCUCAUGGAGAACGUCGUCAUGACACACAUGCGAGAAAUUAUUGGACCAAACUGGGUAAACGGAGACUCUAUUUUAGCACCAGGCGGUUCAAUAUCGAAUCUGUACGCCUUCCUGGCAGCACGCCACAAGAUGUUCCCUAAUUAUAAAGAAAAAGGUAUAGCCACUAUACAGGGCCAACUUGUCAUGUUCACUUCAGACCAGAGCCACUACUCCGUAAAAUCCUGCGCCUCAAUUUGCGGUUUAGGUACCGACAAUUGUUUAAUGGUGCCUUCGGACAUUCACGGUCGCAUGAUUCCAUCAGAACUGGAACGUCUGAUCCUUGAUAGAAAAGCUAAGGGUCACAUACCCUUCUUCGUUUGUUGCACUUCCGGAACGACGGUGUUGGGGGCUUUCGAUCCGAUCAACGAAAUCGCAGACAUCUGUGAGAAAUAUGGAAUGUGGUUACACGUCGACGCCGCUUGGGGCGGAGGUCUACUGCUGUCGAAGAAGUAUCGUCAUCCCAGGCUUAGUGGGGUUGAACGGGCCGAUUCGGUUACAUGGAACCCACAUAAGCUCAUGGGCGCCCUCUUGCAAUGCUCUACCAUCCACUUCAAAGAGGACGGUCUCCUGAUGAGCUGUAACCAGAUGUCAGCGGAUUAUCUGUUUAUGCAAGAUAAGCUCUAUGACAUCAGAUACGACACCGGAGACAAAGUCAUCCAGUGCGGCCGCCACAACGACAUUUUCAAACUGUGGCUGCAGUGGAGAGCCAAGGGAGACGAGGGCUUCGAGAAACACAUGGACCAUCUGAUGGAAAUGUCUGAAUAUAUGGUCAAACGCAUUAAAGACCAGCCCGACAAGUUCUACUUGAUCAUGGAACCAGAAAUGGUCAACGUGAGCUUUUGGUACAUUCCAACCCGUCUGCGUAAAAUGCCGCAUUCAGCAACCAGGGAAAAAGAACUGGGAAAGAUGUGCCCCAUCUUAAAGGCACGAAUGAUGCAAGCUGGUACCCUCAUGGUCGGUUAUCAGCCGGAUGAUAGAAGACCAAACUUCUUCAGGAAUAUUAUUUCUUCAGCCGCGGUAACUCAAAGCGACGUCGAUUUCCUGUUGGCUGAGAUGGACCGGCUUGGGCAUGACUUGUAAAUUUCUGAUGUUGUUGACAAUGUUGUUUUCGUUUAUCGUAUAACAUUCACAAAGGUUAAUCGUUUUACACCUUCACUAAAAUUUUCUCUCGAGUUAUACGAUAGAGGUAGGUAGAAUAUACUGACAUAUCGUAUAUUUAAUAAGUCGUUCAGUUGUGAUUUUUAAUAUUCAUUACAAAGAGAAAAAUAUUGUUACGUCAUUGGUUAGUUGGAAAUCACGUUCGGUUAUCUUAUCGUAGACUAACAUACCGAGUUUAGACCAUUGUUUGACACUUAUUAUAGUUCGUUCAGUAUUAACGAAGUGGUCAAUUACCUAUUACACUUAAUUAGACUUAAUUGCAUAAGUCAAUUAAAAAAAAAAUGUUGAUUAUUUUUGUUGAUAUUUUAGAUUUUAGGUCAUAGGCAAAAAAACUUAAACUCUCAAGUACGACUGUGGGUAAAAUUUACACUAAAGCGAUUUUACCCACAGCUGUCGAAGAAUCUCUGAUAAAUUUACAGUAGACAAGUUUAUAGCACACUAUACGUUGUCCAUAGUUGCUAAGAGUUGUCUGCCGUGGAAAAGUCAACUGUCGAGACUUGUCAACACCCUACUGUCAUCGAAAACGAAUGGCAGUUGUCGACAGUUGCAAAAAUUUAUUCACUUAUCGGUUGUCCUGGCGCGAUAAAUCACUCAGCGACUUCCGAUAAUGAAUAAACACACGAAAAGAGCAACCAAUUUUAUCAACUAAAGACAUAUCAGCUUAGAUUAGAGCUCAUAGUGUACUCUGACCGAGGGGAAAUUUUACAGGUGGUUAAAAUUUGUGAUAGCAGUUCAAGUUUACUCGAUGUAUCAACUCCAUUAUCAGUUUUUCAUGUGACUAUUCAACAUUGUUAAAUAUGUCCUAAAUGUAAAAUAAUGCAUUAGAAAAUACCAAAAACACUAAGUGUGCGUAGCGUAUAUUUCUAAUAUGGUAAAAAAUGUGUAGCUGACGCAAUAAUGUUGUAUAGAAAAAACUUUUGAAUUUUUCGUUUGCCAGUAGCGUAAGUGAGAUGGUGCUUUUUCUGUUUUGUUGUGGUUUAUUUUUUGGACAAAACGCACUAGAGAGUGACAAAAUUAGGGGAAGCACCAGUUAUUUUUCCUAUACGAAAUAACGGACAAAUUAUUAGAGGAGAAUAUUUAACGACUUCUAGUGAGUUUUGGGAAUUGUUAUAGAUGUUUAUAUAUAUAUUUAGAGAAAAGUGUAUAAAAUUGUUGAAACUGCCAAAUUGUAUAUCUAUUAUUUAUUCAAACGUUAUGAUAAGUGAAAGGUCGCUAUUUAUGAAUUCGUUGGUUCGUUGUAUUUAUGACAACAAAAUACAAAGUCUUCCAUUUUAUAUGAAUAAUUUAACUGUCGUGAUGGCACGCACGCCAGAUAAAGUGUAUUAUGUAUCUCUAACUGUUACAAUAAGUGUAAAGAUAUUGUAGUGUUAAUUCCAGGUCAUUAGUUGCUUCUUAGCAUCGAACUCUGAUUGUAAAGAACCUGUAUGUAAACUAUUUAUCAAAUAAACGAUGUAUAUACAA